AAAUCAAACCGAAAACUGAAAUCCAAGGAGAAGCAAAGGAAAGGAUUGUGGUCACCGGAAGAAGAUGAGAAGCUUAGGAGUCAUGUGCUCAAGUAUGGCCAUGGAUGCUGGAGUAGUAUACCUACUCAAGCUGGAUUGCAGCGGAAUGGGAAGAGUUGUAGAUUAAGAUGGGUUAAUUAUUUAAGACCUGGACUUAAGAAGGGUUUAUUUACUGAAGAAGAGGAAACUACACUUCUCUCACUCCAUUCCAUCUUGGGUAACAAAUGGUCUCAGAUAUCGAAAUAUCUACCUGGAAGAACCGACAACGAGAUCAAAAACUAUUGGCAUUCUUAUCUAAAGAAGAGUGUAUCUUCGACAAAACAUGAAACCACAAGAACCCCUCAAACAAAUUCACUCACAAACUCAGUCGAGACUUCUUCGUUCAUCAAUGUCGGUGAAUCAUUUCAUUCUCAAAUCUCAAGCUUUUCACCAAGUCUCGUGUUCUCCGAGUGGUUAGAUCACAGUUUGCUUGUGGAUCAAUCACCUCAAAAAUGUAGUAGUUAUGCACAAGACCUCAUUGUACCGGAAGAGCGAGGAUUUUUGGAAACAUGUGGCACGUCUCUGUAUGAAAACAACAACUCUUUGGUUGAUCUCAUACCAAAUUCUGAUUUUUUGUUGGACGACAAUAUGCCUGAGAUUCAGUUCUGUACUUCAUUUUCAGACAAUUUCUUGUUCAAUGAGCAA